GCAGCAGCGGGAGUGGGAAAAAGCGAAGCUGCAAGACAGUAGCUCUUACAAACUGGUUUCUUCCUCCUCCUUCGUUCUUCCUCAUAGCAAGCAAGAGGAAUCUUUUUAUUCACACUAUAUAAAAGUAUUUUAAUCUUCGCUCUCGUCAACCGCUAUCGCUGCAAAUAACAAUAACAAUUAAGAUGUUGAUUCAGAUUCCUCGCUUCACAAACUCCCUCAGAAACCCCUUCGAUGUCGACCAAGCCUACCUCCAUCGCAAAACCCUACUCCACAAUCAAAAUCCUCGCAAUUCUGCGAACUCGCUUGAUGAAUCGGUACUUGCACGGAAGAUCGUGGUUGGAUGGGAAGAAGCUUCGUGGGAAGUGAGGCAGGCGUACAAGCAGUUUAUAGGAGCAGUGGUGGAGCUGACUGAUGGCGAAAUGCGCUCCGAGGAGUUCCAGGAAGUGGCGCUGACUGUGUACCGCCAUUUCGGCAGGCCGAUGGAGGAUGAGGAUUAUCUUGAUAGAAUUAUUGCGGAUAAGAAGUUAGAAUUGCAAAAGCUUGUUGGUCAUGCUAUUGCCGAUACAAAGUUGAGGCAUGUUGCGUCUCUAGCACAGAAUCUUCUGAACUUGCAGCCUAGCAAUAAACGCCCCGCCUUGUCUUCGGAAAGAAAUCUGGAUGAUAAUGAGGAUUUGGAAUUCGGGGCUGAUUUUGUUUUCCAAGCACCAACGCGUUUUUUGGUUGAUGUAUCAUUUGACAAUGUAGAUAUGAUGGACUUCAGGAGCACACUUCCUGUAUCAUUUCAUGAAGAACAAUAUGCUCUUACUAUUCCAACAGAUCAGUCUGUUGAUGCAGAAAAGUUCAACUUGACUUGGUUAAGAGAAGCAUGUGAUAAAAUAGCUAGGAAUUCUAAUUCUCAGAUAUCCCGAGAUGAAUUAGCAAUGGCCAUCUGUAGGGUUCUUAAUUCAGAAAAGCCUGGUGAAGAGAUAGCAGGAGAUCUGUUAGAUCUGGUUGGUGAUAGUGCAUUUGAAACUGUGCAAAAUCUUCUAUUGCAUCGAAAGGAGAUUGUUGAUUCAAUUAAUCAUGGCUUGUCAGUAUUGAAGUCUGAUAAAAAUGCUCCAAAUUCUCAGUCUCGUAUGCCUAGUUAUGGGACGCAGGUUAUCGUUCAAACAGAGUCAGAAAAGCAAAUUGACAAGCUUCGGCGCAAGGAGGAAAAGCGAAACAGAAGGGGAAUAGAAUAUGGCGGUGAUGGUGACUUGUCUGCAUCUGACUUCUCGUCUUUACUACAAGCAAGUGAGAGGAAGAAUUUAUUUGAUGAUUUGAUUGGUUCUGGGGAUAAGUCCCAGUCAAUAGCCGUAACUGCUCUUCCUGAAGGAACUGCGAGAAAGCAUUUUAAAGGGUAUGAAGAGGUUACCAUUCCUCCUAAACCAACAGCGCCAAUGAAACCUGGAGAAAAACUGAUUGAGAUAAGGGAGUUAGAUGACUUUGCUCAAGCUGCAUUCCGUGGUUACAAAACGCUAAACCGUAUCCAGAGCAGAAUAUUUCAAACUGUUUAUGGCACUAAUGAGAAUAUACUGGUGUGUGCUCCCACAGGAGCUGGGAAAACUAACAUAGCCAUGAUUUCCAUUCUACAUGAGAUCGGACAGCAUUUUAGGGAUGGUUACUUGCACAAAGAUGAAUUUAAGAUAGUUUAUGUGGCUCCAAUGAAGGCUUUGGCUGCGGAAGUCACAUCAGCAUUUAGCCAACGUCUAUCUCCUUUGAAUAUGGUUGUCAGGGAGCUAACUGGAGAUAUGCAGCUUUCUAAGAAUGAACUUGAAGAAACUCAGAUGAUAGUGACAACCCCUGAGAAAUGGGAUGUCAUUACUCGCAAGAGUAGUGACAUGUCACUCUCUAUGCUGGUAAAGCUCUUGAUCAUCGAUGAAGUGCACCUACUCAAUGAUGAUAGAGGUCCUGUAAUAGAGGCCCUAGUUGCUAGGACCCUACGGCAGGUGGAGUCAACUCAAACAAUGAUACGCAUUGUGGGCCUUUCUGCCACUCUUCCCAAUUACCUGGAGGUUGCUCAAUUUCUUAGAGUAAAUGCAGAUACAGGUCUUUUCUUCUUUGAUUCUAGUUAUCGUCCAGUGCCUCUUGCACAACAGUAUAUUGGAAUUAGUGAGCCAAAUUUCGCAGCUCGAAAUGAAUUGUUGAAUGAUAUAUGUUAUAAGAAGGUUGUUGAUUCUAUCAGGCAAGGUCAUCAGGCAAUGGUAUUUGUCCAUUCACGGAAAGACACUACAAAGACUGCUGAGAAGCUGGUUGAGCUUGCUCGGAGGAGUGAGGAUUUGGAACUCUUUGGAAAUGAUACUCAUCCACAGUUUAACUUAAUGAAGAAGGAAGUAAUAAAAUCCAGAAACAGAAAUCUUGUUGAACUUUUUGAAUAUGGCAUGGGUGUUCAUCAUGCUGGGAUGUUACGUGCAGAUAGAGGGCUUACUGAGCGGCUUUUCUCUGAGGGUCUCCUGAAGGUACUUGUCUGUACAGCAACAUUGGCAUGGGGUGUCAAUCUUCCUGCUCACACAGUUGUCAUUAAGGGUACCCAAUUGUAUGAUCCAAAAGCUGGUGGGUGGCGAGAUCUGGGUAUGCUUGAUGUUAUGCAGAUAUUUGGCCGAGCUGGCAGACCUCAGUUUGACAAAAGUGGUGAAGGUAUCAUAAUUACAUCUCAUGAUAAACUAGCUUAUUAUCUGCGACUGCUGACAAGUCAACUCCCUAUAGAAAGCCAGUUCAUUAGCUCCUUGAAAGAUAAUUUGAAUGCAGAGGUGGCAUUGGGUACUGUAACUAAUGUCAAAGAAGCCUGUGCAUGGCUUGGCUAUACCUAUCUCUUCAUACGGAUGAGGAUGAAUCCUUUGGCAUAUGGUAUAGGAUGGGAUGAGGUGAUGGCAGAUCCUGGCUUAACGUCUAAGCAAAGAUCUUUUGUAAUUGAUGCUGCACGUGCACUCGAUAAAGCUAAAAUGAUGCGGUUUGAUGAGAAAAGUGGCAAUUUUUACUGUACUGAGCUUGGUCGCAUUGCAAGCCAUUUUUACAUACAAUAUUCCAGUGUUGAAACAUAUAACGAAAUGUUGAGACGCCACAUGAGUGACAGUGAGGUGAUUAACAUGGUUGCACAUUCAUCUGAAUUUGAGAAUAUUGUUGUUCGAGAAGAAGAACAGAAUGAGCUAGAGAUGUUGGUUCGCUCAUCAUGUCCAUUAGAAGUUAGGGGUGGUCCUUCCAAUAAACAUGGAAAGAUAUCCAUUUUGAUUCAGUUGUAUAUAUCUCGAGGGUCUAUAGAUUCUUUUUCUUUGGUAUCUGAUGCUGCAUACAUAAGUGCAAGCUUAGCUCGUAUAAUGCGGGCUUUAUUUGAGAUUUGUCUGCGAAGGGGCUGGUGUGAAAUGUCUUUGUUUAUGUUGGAAUAUUGCAAAGCUGUGGAUCGCCAAGUUUGGCCACACCAACAUCCUCUUAGACAGUUUGAUAAGGACAUUUCUGGAGAGAUAUUGCGGAAGCUCGAAGAACGUGGGGCUGACCUAGAUCGCCUGUUGGAGAUGGAGGAAAAAGACAUUGGGGCGUUAAUUCGUUAUGCACCUGGAGGAAAAUUGGUCAAGCAAUACCUGGGGUAUUUUCCAUCAAUUCAGUUAUCAGCGACAGUCAGUCCGAUAACUAGAACUGUUCUGAAGGUUGAUUUGGUGAUAAUGCCUGUUUUCAUUUGGAAAGAUCGUUUUCAUGGUACUGCUCAACGCUGGUGGAUUUUGGUAGAGUACAUAAAUGAGUUGUUUAAGUGCAUAAAUGUGACUCGUUUGUGCUAUGAAAGACUUCACAUAUCAUGUCAAGGCAUGCCAAGUAGCCCCCUUUCAAAGCGGAUGGCUAAAGGGGAACCUUAUAAACUUUCCUUCACUGUGCCCAUAUUUGAACCACACCCGCCACAGUAUUACAUUCAUGCUAUUUCUGAUUCUUGGCUUCAAGCAGAAGCAUUCUACACUAUUACUUUUCAUAAUUUACCAUUGCCAGAGGCUAGGACUUCUCACACUGAACUCCUUGAUUUAAAACCUCUUCCCGUGUCUUCCCUAAGCAAUGUUGCUUAUGAAGCGUUAUAUAGAUUUUCACAUUUUAAUCCUAUACAGACACAGAUUUUUCAUGUCUUGUAUCACACGGACAAUAAUGUUCUAUUAGGAGCUCCAACUGGAAGUGGUAAAACUAUAUCUGCUGAGCUUGCUAUGCUUCAUCUUUUCAACACGCAGCCUGAUAUGAAGGUUAUUUAUAUAGCACCUUUGAAGGCUAUUGUCAGGGAAAGAAUGGGUGAUUGGCAAAGGCGUCUUGUCUCUCAGCUAGGGAAAAAGAUGGUUGAAAUGACGGGAGACUAUACACCAGAUUUGAUGGCCCUUUUGUCUGCAGAUAUCAUCAUAUCUACCCCUGAAAAAUGGGAUGGUAUCAGUCGUAAUUGGCAUACACGCAGCUAUGUCACAAAGGUUGGACUCAUGAUAUUGGAUGAGAUUCACUUAUUGGGAGCUGAUCGUGGACCCAUACUUGAGGUUAUUGUUUCUAGGAUGAGAUACAUAUCAUCACAAACAGAGCGAGCAAUAAGAUUUGUUGGCCUCUCUACAGCUCUAGCAAAUGCUGGUGAUCUAGCUGAUUGGUUAGGCGUUGAGGAGACUGGCCUCUUCAAUUUCAAGCCAAGUGUGCGACCUGUACCUCUGGAGGUUCAUAUCCAGGGCUAUCCUGGAAAGUAUUAUUGCCCAAGGAUGAACAGUAUGAAUAAACCAGCGUAUGCAGCAAUAUGCACACAUUCACCUGCUAAACCUGUUCUUAUAUUUGUCUCUUCACGACGCCAGACAAGGCUGACUGCACUGGACCUAAUUCAGUUUGCUGCCUCAGACGAGCAUCCAAGGCAGUUCCUUGAUAUGCCAGAAGAUGCACUGCAGAUGGUUCUGUCUCAAGUCUCUGACCAAAACCUGAGGCAUACUUUACAAUUUGGUAUUGGGUUACACCAUGCAGGCCUGAAUGACAAAGACAGAUCAUUGGUUGAGGAACUUUUUGCAAACAACAAGAUUCAGAUACUGGUUUGUACCAGCACAUUGGCUUGGGGUGUGAAUCUUCCAGCUCAUCUAGUGAUUAUCAAGGGUACAGAAUACUAUGAUGGAAAAUCAAAGAGGUAUGUAGAUUUUCCAAUCACUGAUAUCUUGCAAAUGAUGGGUCGUGCUGGAAGGCCUCAGUUUGAUCAGCAUGGGAAAGCAGUGAUUCUUGUUCAUGAACCAAAGAAGAGCUUCUAUAAAAAGUUCUUGUAUGAACCUUUUCCAGUUGAAAGUAGUCUGAGGGAGCACCUGCAUGAUCACCUCAAUGCUGAAAUUAUUUCUGGAACCAUUUGCAAUAAACAAGAUGCAGUGCACUACCUUACCUGGACUUACUUAUUCCGUAGACUGAUGGUUAAUCCUGCUUACUAUGGAUUGGAGAAUGCCGACCCUGAAUUUAUCAGUUCAUAUCUGUCUAGUCUAGUACAGAGUACAUUUGAGGACUUGGAAGACAGUGGAUGCAUAAAAAUGAAUGAAGACACUGUAGAAUCAAUGAUGUUGGGUUCAAUAGCAUCUCAGUAUUACCUAAGCUACAUGACAGUAUCAAUGUUUGGUUCAAACAUAGGUCCUGAUACAUCACUUGAAGUGUUUUUGCACGUCUUAUCUGCUGCUUCCGAAUUUGAUGAACUCCCUGUGCGUCAUAAUGAGGAAAAAUACAAUGAAGGACUGUCUCAGAAAGUUAAAUAUCCAGUGGAUAACAACCGUUUGGAUGACCCCCAUGUCAAAGCAAAUCUUCUAUUUCAGGCUCAUUUCUCUCAGUUGGACUUACCAAUUAGUGAUUAUGUCACGGACUUGAAGUCAGUAUUAGAUCAGAGUAUACGCAUAAUUCAGGCCAUGAUUGAUAUAUGUGCAAACAGUGGUUGGCUUUCAAGCUCACUCACUUGCAUGCAUCUUCUGCAAAUGGUCAUGCAGGGGCUGUGGUUUGAAAAAGACUCUUCUUUAUGGAUGCUGCCAUGCAUGAAUGCUGAUCUAAUGCAAUCCCUUAGCAGAAGUGGAAUUUCCAGUGUACAGGAAUUACUAGAUAUUCCCAAGGCAUCCUUGCAAAAUGUAACAGGAAGUUUUCCGGCUUCAAGAUUGUACCAGGACCUACAGCACUUCCCUCGUGUUAAAAUGAAGUUAAAGCUUCAGAAGAAGGAAACUAAUGGUGAGAGCUCCGAUGCAUUAUACAUCAGAUUGGAGAAGUCCAAUUCUAGACGACACUCCUCUCGAGCCUUUGUACCUCGAUUUCCAAAGAUAAAAGAAGAGCAGUGGUGGUUGGUUCUUGGUAAUACCUCUACAUCUGAGUUAUAUGCAUUGAAGCGAGUGUCUUUUUCUGAUCAGUUGGUUACCUUGAUGAAGCUGCCUCAUACACCAUCCAACCUUAAGGGUAUGAAACUCAUAUUAGUCUCAGAUUGUUACAUUGGAUUUGAACAAGAACACUCCAUUGAAGGACUUAUUGGAGGCCGGCAUUAGCAAAACAUUAGUAGUUGAGUCAUCACUGUCCACUAGCUUUGAGUUAUGGUAUAUGUUAUUGUUCAAAUAUACAGUUUCCUUGUUGUAGGGGUGAGGGUAGUUAGGUAAUUGUAAAAGGUAAAUGUUUUUGUUACGAUAAUGGGAUAUUUUUUUGGUGCAGCUAUGGUGAAGAGGAAAAAUAGUAUAUACAGAUUUAUUUUGAUAGAUAGAUAGAUACUUAUCUAUGAGAAUGUGCCAUUUUAUUUUUAUUAA